UGUUGAACCAGAUUAUUAGGUUGAAGGUCGAAUAUUUCUCUCUAUAUAGACAAGAAUAUAUACAUAUACAGACAAUACACAUUAUAAAAUGUCAUGUCCCUCACAAUUUUCCGCAUCCAAAUGAGAAUAUACUUAUAAAAGUUUUUGCCAACCUCAUCUUUAUGAACUCUUAUAAGUAAUACUUAACAAAAUCCAGUAGCAAGAGAGAAAUUAAAAUGAAGCAAUUAAAACUUUCUUACUGUCCGAAAGAGGGAAAAUCUUGCAUCGGAUGGAUCGAAAAAUACUUCAAGGAUUGCCUGUGCAACCUCAACGAUGAAAUAUCGUUUGGUUUCGGAAUUGCAAGUUUAAUUUGUUGGGCAGUUGCAGAAAUCCCACAAAUUAUUACCAACUUCAAUAACAAAUCUGCCGAUGGUGUCUCCUUGGCAUUUCUUUGCACUUGGAUUGUUGGUGAUGUGUUCAAUCUUGUAGGCUGCAUUCUCGAACCUGCUACAUUACCCACCCAGUUGUACACUGCAUGGGUAAGUCUAACCCAAACUAUUUUACAAAUGACUUUGCAUCAAAUGUUCAGUAUCUGUGUUACAUUGCAGCUCUAUACAACGGUCACAAUCAUAUUGGCACUCCAAUCCAUUUACUACAACCAUUUUCUUCGGUGCUUGAAAAGGGGACGUAAAACUGUAGCAAAAACUUCCAUGAUUUCUGGUUUUUUUUUCAAGGAUGAAGAUGAGACUGAUGCUCCAAAAUCCAAGUUCCAAGGAAGAUUAACAUCAUCAAAUGUACCUGUCGAGGUACCACAUAGGAGGGACUUCUACUAUAUGUCAGCAAGAUCUUUGGCUGGAAGUGAUAGUUCACCAAUGAAUCAGUGUUAUAUAAAGGCGAGGAGCGGUCCUCCUGCUUUGGAACAUGAUUCAGACUCCUCAUCUGAAGAUGAAUCAUUUCUUCCUUCCUCCAACGAGCCUGUUAUUGUUACUCAGCCUCGUAAUAUUCCUCGUCCAGUGGGAUAUGGAACAUUUGCAGCUGCUUCUGUAAAUCUACCCUUCUUAACCAGAGCUUUAACAGAUACUGGUGGAAGGAGAUCUAUGAUGGAACAGGCAUUCCAAGAAAAUGCAUACGGACAGUGUUUGGGUUGGUUGAUGGCUGCAAUAUAUAUGGGUGGACGAAUCCCACAAAUUUGGUUGAGUAUCAAAAGAGGGAGUGUGGAGGGCUUGAACCCUCUAAUGUUCGUUUUCGCACUCAUUGCCAAUGCAACAUAUGUUGGAAGCAUUUUAGUGAGAAGCACUGAAUGGAAGAUGAUAAAAGCCAACAUGCCUUGGCUGAUGGAUGCUAUUGGCUGUGUGCUGCUUGAUCUUUUUAUAAUCCUUCAGUAUAUGUUUUACAGAUACAAGAAGCACAAGAAAAGCCAGCACCAAGAAGAAGCAAAUAAACCUUCGUGUUAAUUUUUAUUGACAAAUUAAUCAAUUUAUAUUUUAUAUUUGUAGACUUGUUAUGUCAUUGUUUAUUAUUUAAGGACAAGAGAGUAAUUGUAAUUAUUUGCGGUUUUAUUUUUAUUAUUCGUUUGAUGAUUAUAUUAUGGGAGAUUUUGGC